CUGCCUGUCAAAGGGGUUUUCUAAAGGCACUUGCUUCAUAGGGUCAUUGUGAGAACUAAAGACAAUGAAGAUCACUUAGGACAAUGCCCAGAACAUACCACCCAACCAAGGAUGUUGAGCUCUGACUGUUAGUAGCAGGUGUGUUCACUGGAUUUCCUCACAGAGCAGCCAGUAGGUGUGUGGUCAUAUCUUAGGUGUCAGCUUGGAGAGGUAUAAGCUCCCAUGUAAGGGAUGCUAAAUGCAAGGGCCUGAAAUAGUAUCCACAGCAAUGUUGAUAUAGGCAGACAGUAGGCAGAGGAAGGACAGGCAAAUUCAUGGGCAGGCAGGGGGACUUUUGAAACUGAGCCUUAAUGAUAUUUGUAUCUAUUCAGAGAAGAAGAAACCUCUUCACCCUCCUCAGAUAGCCCACAUCCUCUACUUUAUCCUCUGUAUGUAGGGAAGCUGGAGAGACCAGCAUCAUACAGGACCUCCCAGAGCCACCCUACAGGAAUAGACUUUGAAGUCUUGGGACCCAUCUUGUCUGCAGGAGAGAUGAGUGGAGAGGACAUGGUUCCAGGACCUCAGUUGGCUGAUAAGAUAGCCUUUAUCUUUGCUAUCAUUUUAUUCCUUUUGUGCUUGGUGGCAGUGGUGGGUAAUGGCUUAAUCACCAUGGCACUGGGCAUGGAGUGGUUGCUGCAGAGAACUUUGUCACCCUGCAAUAAGUUAUUGGUCAGCCUGGGAGCCUCUAGCUUCUAUCUGUGAUGGGUGGAUAAGAACAUUUAUAUUUUCCUGAAUCCAAUAGCCUUCCCAUACAACCCUGUAUUGCAGUUCCUAGCCUUUCAGUGGGACUUCUUGAAUGCUGUCACGUUAUGGUUCUCCACCUGGCUCAGUGUCUUCUACGGUGUGAAAAUCGCCAUCUUCACCCACCCUGUCUUCCUCUGGCUAAAGCAGAUGGUGUCUGCGUUGGUUCCAUGGGUGCUGCUCAGCUCCGUGAGGUUCUCCAGCUUUAGCACCAUUCUAGUUUUCAUAGGCAACCAGAGAAUAGAUCAGAACUAUUUAGAGAGGGUUCUGCAACCUUGGAAUGUCGCUGGGAAUGCUGUGAGAACAUAUGAGAGACUCUGCUUCUUCCCUUUGAAAAUUGUUACCUGGACAGUCCCUACUGUUGUCUUCAUCGCUGGCAUGGCUUUGCUCAUUCCACCUCUGGGAAGACACACCAAGCAGGUCUCCCUGUCCAUCUCAGGCUCUCACGAUCCCAGCGCCCAGGCACACAUCAAGGCUCUCCUGGCUCUCAUCUCCUUUGCUGUCCUCUUUGUUUCCUAUUUUCUGUCACAGGUGCUCAGUGCCUCAGGUGUGUUUCCAUCACGGGAAUUCAGGCACUGGGUGUGGCAGGCUGUGAUUUAUCUGUGCACAGUAGUCCACCGCAUUGUUCUUUUCUUGAGUAACAGCAGGCUGAGAGCUGUGCUAGAGAGGGGCUGCUCCUCAGGGCAUGGGGCAUCUUGAGUUGCUUUGGUGAAGAGCCUCAGAGACUCUACUGCAGAAGGCCUGGGUAGAAUGGGACAUUGCUUCUUUAAAUCUCUUUGCCACGUUUAAUGCUCUUUCCCUCUUUGAUGCAUUUCAUGAUUUCAGUGAAAUAGGAUUUCAAGGUGAGAUGGAAUGUACUGAACUAGUGGUCUAGUGUCACUGAUUUCCACUCAGCAAGGGUGUAGCUGAUAUAGUAAAUGUUCCCUGUGGGACUUGAUGUGGCCAGAGAAGCAGGAAACUUUUAUUUCCCUGUGACUAAACUCGGUGUUUAAAAUUAUCCCUCUGGAAACUGGAUGCAAGGAUCCGGACACAUGAUUCACUUUUUAAAAAAAAAUUAAUUUUAUUUUUAUUUAUUUUUGCCUGUGUUGGGUCUUUGUUGCUGCAUGCGGGCUUUCUCUAGUUGCGGCGAGCAGGGGCUACUCUUCAUUGCAGCGCGCGGGCUUCUCAUUGCAGUGGUUUCUCUUGUUUUGGAGCACGGGCUCUUGAGCGCAGGCUCAGUAGUUGUGGCGCAUGGGCUUAGUUGCUCCGUGGCCUGUGGGAUCUUCCCGGACCAGGGCUUAAACCCGUGUCCCCUGCACUGGCAGGUGAAUUCUUAACCACUGCACCACAGGGAAGCCCACGAUUCACUUUUUAUCUGUUGAAUCAGACUGGAGAAGAUUUUUGGAAACUGAAUUUUCCUUUGGCUUCAUCCUGUAAAACCAUAUUUCCUUUUUCAUCCUUAACUGAUUUCUAGCCGUCUAGUGCAGUGAAGCUCUCUCCUUUCAUGCAAGAGUUCCUGGUGUCUGAACUCUCUUUACAGAGCAUGGUGUGAUCUGUGCAUGUGUGCAGCUGUGUGUGUUACCUGGGAUUUGUAUAUUCACAGAUUACCUUUUGAGAUCCCCCUGAAUUCUAGGGGUUUAUGAUUUAUAUAUGGUUUAUGUCCUCUACAGUAGCUCAGUUAGUCUGUUCUAUAAAUGUUAAGGUCCAUGAACCCAGAUGUGACUUCUUUUAUUUUACCAUUGGGACCUACUAAAAUUUUUGACAUGGAGAGGCUCAUCUGUUUCUGAUGCAUAAGAUUUAAGAAGAAGGCUCCCGUCUUGGUUUGGUGAAGCAUGUAGACUGCUUUUCUGCCUUUCACAGAUUUUCUCAAACUUUCCUUAAGCUCAAUGACCUCUUGAAUCAUUCAAACUGAGAUCCCUCAAUGUCCCUGUAUCUGCUUUGAAAUCUCUCAGCCUCAUUUCCUCUUUUUCCUCCCCUUUCCCUCUGUAUUAGAAGACAGGUCCCUGCUUUUGGCUUUUCAGGGCUAACAUUCAUGCUAUCCUGCCUCUUUUCUAUCCCUUGCUGAGUCAAGAAUUCCCACUUCUACACCAGUCCUCAACCUUUUCCUAUUUACUGUCCUUUCCUUCUUCAGUGUGCCUCUUACCUUCCCCCACAAAAAUCCCCUCCACUCUUUCAUUCCCUCAAGUUAUCAUUCUACUAAUUAGUCACUUGCUGAGAGUCUCCCCAUGGGCACUUACAACCUCCUGCUGCCUUUUCUGUUGAAAUGUGUUUCUAAAGGAUGCACAUGGGUUCCUGAUCCCUAAAUGUGGUAUUAUCCUCAGCCCCCAUUUUCAUGUGUCGCUGUAGUAUUUGCCUCUCUUAAUAGAAAAUGAUUUCUUAAAAAAAUGGAUUAAAAUAUUUUACAAAAAGUAAUACCUGAUUUUGGUAGAAGAUUUUAAAGCAGGAAAAUAAACAUCACCAGUAAUUGCUUACCCACAUGUCUUCCUAAAAGUCCUUCUCUUGGCCUCUCAGAUGCUACACUAAGUUCUGUUCCCUGCUCUGCGGCUCCUUUCGUGUCUUCCUCACUGUCUGUUCAUCAUCUUGACUCGGUGUUUUCCUUCACCAGCCCUCUUCCUUCCUUGACAUGAAUCUUCUCCUUUUUCCUUCAUGUUUACAUCUACUCAUUUGGUUUCAAUUAUGACCUUCAUGUGAAUAAUCACCAAAGCCUUGACCUUCCUCAAAACUCUAAGCCUAUAUUUUUUCCUGCUUGCGGAGCAUUUCUGAUAGUACCAUGAGCACUUCAAACUUAGCAAGUUUGUAACAGCUGUCCUUUUUUUCUUCCUCCUCUUUCUUUCCCUCCACCGCCCAGUUGAAUCUAUUUUUUUCUAUUAUUGAUAUCUAAUAAAUCAGACUUACCAACUCUGAGUUAGUUUUCACUCCUCACUCUCCACUGAACCCUUCUAUCUAAUCAGCAGCUUGUCUUCGAUUGGUACCCUUGUAGUAUCUCUAUUAUCUGUUCCUUUCUUCCUGUUCCUGUAGAUCCUACCUUAGAUUAGACUGUCCUCUUCUCCCACCUAGACUGCUUAUAUUUCUUUUUCACCACUUGCUUCAUUACAGUGUCUUCUCUCCCACACUCCCCCGACCCCCAAUCAAAAGUACCAUUACCAGAUUGAUCUCUUGACAAUUUCACCCACACCCUUAUCACUGUUCAGUGACUAUCAAUUAAAGCACAUGUCCCUAAAUUGGCAUUCAUGGACCUCCACAAUGUGGAAAUAGUUUUAUCUUUCACUGCUUCCAUUCUAGUAGAACCAACCCUAUUUUGCAGCAAAAUUUGGGUUGUCAUUGUUCUGGACAUGCCUGGAACUUCCUCCAUGACGUGCUGAAAUGUGUUCUCUUAUCCCACAUCUACCUGUCAAAAUCCUAUUUAAUUUUUUUUCCUGUUUAAUUUUUUUUUGUGGUACACGGGCCUCUCACUGUUGUGGCCUCUCCAGUUGCAGAGCACAGGCUCCGGACGCGCAGGCUCAGCGGCCAUGGCUCACGGGCCCAGCCGCUCCGCGGCAUGUGGGAUCUUCCCGGACCGGGGCACGAACCUGUGUCCCCUGCAUCGGCAGGCGGACUCUCAACCACUGCGCCACCAGGGAAGCCCUCUUGUUUA